UUUGUAGUGGGUGUCAAUUAUGUAUCAUAUAUUCAUAUCAACUACUUGUAGCUUUGGAUAGUAAAAAUGACUACCAAUAUCUACCAUCACUAUUGGCUAGUCUUUUCAAAGAUUUCUGAAGGACCCUAUAAAUAAGUGGGCAAACCAAGCUUUAAUUUUGGAAUUAAUACAAGUUACGUACUAUAACCAGUUAACCACUAUGCAGAGAAAAUAAUGAAGAACAUGGAAGAUAUGAAUGAAAAGAAAGAUGGCAAACCUGCUCAAAGGCCUAAGGGUGGCCUUAUUACAAUGCCCUUCAUCUUUGCCAAUGAAAUAUGUGAAAAGUUGGCAGUGGUAGGGUUUCAGACCAAUAUGAUAAGCUAUCUUACUCAGCAGCUUCACAUGCCAUUAACCAAAGCUGCAAACACCCUUACAAACUUUGGAGGUACUGGUAGUCUGACGCCAUUGCUGGGUGCCUUUCUCGCCGACUCGUAUGCCGGAAAAUUUUGGACUAUAACCAUUGCUUCCAUCAUUUACCAACUAGGUAUGAUAAGCUUGACAACAUCAGCAAUUGUACCAAAGCUAAGGCCACCUCCAGGAGAAGAAGCAAGUGGGGGACAACUUGCAAUUUUGUACGUGUCCAUUUAUCUUGCAGCACUUGGUUCAGGCGGGAUCCGACCCUGUGUUGUGGCAUUCGGGGCGGAGCAGUUUGACGAGUCGGAUCCAAAUCAAAAGAAUAGCACAUGGAAGUAUUUCAACUGGUACUAUUUUGCAAUGGGAGCAUCUAUGUUAGUGGCAGUUACUGUUUUGGUUUAUAUCCAAGAUAAUGUUGGAUGGGGAUGGGGCCUUGGCAUACCAACUUUCUUCAUGAUUAUCUCUAUUACUAGUUUUGCUUUCGGGUACCGGCUUUACCGACAUUUUGAUCCGGUUGGGAGCCCGUUUACCCGGCUGGUUCAAGUAUGUUUGGCUGCCUACAAGAAAAGGAAAUUACCCAUGGUUGAUGACCCGUGGUUGCUCUACGAGAAUGCCGAGCUUGAUGCCUCUAUUUCUUUGGCGGGUAAACUCAUACACACCAAACAAUUAAAAUUUCUUGACAAGGCCGCUAUAGUCACUGAAGAAGACAACCCAAAGGCACCCAACCUAUGGAGGCUAAACACAGUUCACAGAGUAGAAGAGCUAAAAUCAAUAAUUAGAAUGGGGCCAAUAUGGGCUGCUGGCAUCAUUCUAAUCACAGCUUAUGCCCAACAAAGCACAUUUUCUCUCCAACAAGCCAAAACUAUGGAUAGGCACAUCACUAAGACCUUCGAACUACCAGCCGGUUCAAUGUCCUUCUUCACCAUUUCAACCAUGCUGACCACGAUAGCAGUCUAUGACCGUGUUCUCAUCCCUAUUGCGCGCAAAUUCACUGGCCUAGAUCGCGGUAUAACCUUCAUCCAUCGUAUGGGUAUUGGGUUUGUUAUCUCUAUAUUAGCAACAUUGGUUGCUGGUUUUGUUGAACAAAAGAGAAAACAUGCAGCGAUGGUUUAUGGUCUUACGAAUGACCCACAUUCGAUCAUUCCCAUUUCGUUUCUUUGGCUCGUGCCUCAGUAUGCCCUUCAUGGUAUGGCCGAAUCAUUUAUGUCGAUUGGCCAUUUAGAGUUCUUCUAUGAUCAAGCACCCGAGAGCAUGAAGAGUACCGCGAUGGCAUUGUUUUGGACCGCGAUUGCUCUUGGUAAUUACUUGAGUACGUUUUUGGUUACCAUGGUGCACAAGUUUACUGCGGCUAAAGAUGGGUCUAAUUGGUUGCCGGAUGAUAACCUGAAUAAAGGAAAAUUGGAGUACUUUUAUUGGUUGAUCACGUUAUUGCAACUUGCGAAUUUCAUCUACUAUUUAGUUUGUGCUAAGUAUUACACUUUUAAGCCUGUUGAACUGCAGAUGAAGGAUGGCGAUGGAAAGAAGGAUGAGUUAGAGCUUGUAGCUAAAGUAUAAUCAGAUGGUUAUGUUAAUAUUUCUUAUGUAAAAGAAUAAGAUAUCCUGCCA